AUGGGUUAUUACGUCUAUUCUCUAGUCCUGAUCAUACAUCAUCUGAUGUUAAUUCUUUCCAGCUUUAAUGUUCUUGCUCAAUAUCAUCCUUCUGAUCACCGUCAAAGAAAAACCAGAAUUCUGCAAUCUGAUAAUUCUUCAGCUCCUGCAAACGAUGACACCCACAAAAAAUCUUCCAGCUUUGGUGCUGCCACCAUGUUCUUGCUCUUCGAUUUCGUCGGCCUUGCUGCCGUGAUUCUUCUCUUCUUUCUUUAUUACAAAAAGGACAAGGCGAUCAAGAAGCUAGAAAAGAAGCUAGAAAAGAUGAUGAAGAAAGAGUACAACAUAGAAGAAGCAAAAGAUGAAGAUGAUGACGAGAUAGAUGAUGAGGACUCCGAAGAAUUUAGAGUUCGAAAAAGGGCACAACAGGUUUCCGCAGAGAGAUCAAGAUUGAGUUUUUCAAAGGAUCAUGCAGAAGAAAGAUCAAGACUGAGUGUUUCAAAGAAUCAUACAGAAGAGAGAUCAAGGUUGAAUGUUCCAAAGAAUGGAGAUGAGAGGGAAAACAAGCUUGUGUUCAUGGGAAAUGAAAGUGAAACAUUUGAGUUGAAUGACCUUUUGAAAGCUUCAGCUGAGGGAUUGGGAAAGGGGGUGUUUGGCAAUAGUUAUAAAGCAAAACUGGAAGGUAAAUCAGCUUAUGUGGUGAAAAGGUUAAAGAAUUUGAGACCUUUAAGUAAUGAAGAAUUCAUCAAGCAGCUUCAAAUGAUUUCAGAGCUCAGCCACCCUAAUUUAUUGCCUCUUCUUGCUUAUUACUAUUCAAAGGAUGAAAAAUUGUUUGUGUACAAAUAUGCUGAUAAAGGAAAUCUCUUCAAUCGCCUCCAUGGAUGUAGAGGAAGAAGUGAUAGGAACCCAUUUAAAUGGAACUUGAGAUUAUCAGCUGCUCGAGGUGUAGCGCGAGCUUUGGAGUACCUUCACCAGAAUGCAAAGUCACCAAACACAGUUCCUCAUGGAAACCUCAAGCUCUCAAAUGUUCUCCUUGAUGAGAAUGAAACUGUCCAAGUUUCAGACUACGGUCUUUCUUCCCUUAUUGCCCUACCUAUUGCAGCUCAACGAAUGGUCUCUUAUAAGUCACCAGAAUACCAGGCGAUGAAGAAGAUAUCCAAGAAGUCUGACGUAUGGAGCUAUGGAGACUUUCUUUUAGAACUCUUGACAGGCAGAAUCUCCAUCUAUUCAGCUCCACCUGGGUCCAACGGAGUUGACCUCUGCAGCUGGGUCCAUAGAGCGGUCAGAGAAGAGUGGACGGCAGAGAUAUUUGAUAUUGAGAUAUCUGUUCAGAGAAGUGCCGCUCAAGGAAUGCUUAGGCUGCUGCAAGUGGCCAUUCGCUGCUGUGAUAGGUCGCCGGAGAAGCGGCCUGAGAUGAGAGAGGUGCUGAGGGAGGUAGAAAAUAUAAGGGUGGGUGUUGAAUCAGAAGACGAGGAGUCAUCGUCUCUUCAGUCGUUGACAGAUGAGUCAGUGUCGACUGGAGCCUCGAUUUCAAUUGGAUGA